CCUUUUCAUUUCCUGUUUUUGAACUUGGUGACAAUCAAUCAUCUCUUCAGGAAGUGAAACUUAAGUAGAUAUAUUUUGUUUUGUUUUUCUAUCAAUCCAUCCAUUUUUAAAAAUGAUUUAAUUAGUAAGACAUGGUUAAAUGUAUAUGUAAUAUUAUUUUACUAAAAUUUAAAUGAUUCAAUUAACCCUUUAACUCAGUAUUUAAUAAGAUGAAUGAAUUAACAUCACGGUAACUUAAAAAUCUUCUUGUACUAGUAAGACUGUCGUUCUACCAGGGCCGUUUGAGGAUUUAGUCGAUAUCCAGUAAUAUGCUCUUUGGCGCGAGGAAGAGUUUGACAUAAGUACAUUACUGGUGAGGUAAAACAUUAGUCUACUUGUCUGAAUUUUGGGCUAUUAUUUUGAAAAUUUGAAACAUUUGGGAAUGGGAUUGAUCUGAAUUGGUCAAGAAAUGUUAAAGCAAAAUGAACAAUUAGUAUCAAUAUCAGCGCUAAUAUGUUUCUUUCUAGUUGGCUAAGCUAGUAAGGGCAAAGUUGGGCUAGUAAGGGCAAAAUUGUCAUCGCAUUCCCACCGGCACAUUGUACCGCAUACGGUUGCGCACAACGCUGUACAAUCACAAGGGGAGUGAAAAUGUGCUGUCUCGCUAACACACGCUGUGGAAUUGACAAAAAAAAGUAAGCAUCGUGAAAAUUGGAUGUGAAAUAAGCAAGUUACGUCUUCAUUUAAAUGCCAUUGCCUUUGAAGAAAACGACGCCCCUGCAAACAUGGCCGCCAAGCAGGCACGUCCAUGAGGCCUCUUUAUAUCUAUGAGGGCAAUGCUUUUUUGGACCAAUAGGAGAGCGACUGACUGCCGCGUGGCCUCCCUCACGCGAGCGACAGUCUUUUGUGGGUUUUGUGACAGUCGCCAUUUUGAUUGCUCGACUGAAAAGCUCGAGCCGUUCAGCUCGUUUUCAACACAUUCCGGGCUUCGAUUAACGACCGUUUUUUUAUCACAUCGAGUCGACGGGGGGCAGGCCAAAAUGGCUACGGGCGCAAACGCGACUCCUUUAGGAAAGUUGCACCCCAGCAUCGGCGCUAAACGAGGUUUCGAAGCAGGGCCCGGCGCCGGCAACGGUAACGGCAUGAUGCCCAACCCGGGGCCUCCUGCGCCCUUUCCGCCGUUACAAGCGUUCCAACCCCCGAUGCCCUCCCCGGCUUUCGCACAGACGCACCAGUUCAACGCGCCGAGCGGGUUUUCGCCACAGCCUCCCCAGCAACACCAACAGCCGGCCGGACAAGAUUUCAGCCAAAAGAAACAAAGGAAGAAGAGUCGUUGGAGUAGUGAGACGCCCGACCAGAAGACUGUCAUACCGGGUAUGCCCACUGUCAUCCCCCCUGGUCUGACCCGUGACCAAGAGAGAGCCUAUAUAGUCCAACUGCAGAUCGAAGACCUGACACGUAAACUGCGUACAGGAGACCUGGGAAUCCCUGUUAACCCUGAGGACAGGUCUCCCUCGCCGGAGCCCAUCUACAACAGCGAGGGCAAGAGGCUGAACACCCGCGAGUAUCGCACGCGCAAGAAGAUCGAGGAGGAGCGCCACUCUCUCAUCACCGAAAUGGUCGGACUCAACCCCGACUUCAAACCACCAGCCGAUUAUAAACCUCCAGCCACCAGAGUUAACGACAAAGUGAUGAUUCCUCAAGACGAAUACCCCGAGAUCAACUUUGUCGGUCUGCUUAUUGGACCGCGCGGUAACACAUUGAAGAACAUCGAGAAAGAAUGCUGCGCCAAAAUCAUGAUCCGCGGCAAAGGCUCGGUGAAGGAGGGCAAGGUGGGCAGGAAGGACGGACAGAUGCUACCCGGCGAAGACGAGCCUCUGCACGCUCUGGUCACGGCGAACACGAUGGAGAACGUCAAGAAAGCCGUGGAGCAGAUCCGCAAUAUCCUGAAGCAAGGCAUCGAGACGCCUGAGGACCAGAACGACCUGCGCAAGAUGCAGCUGAGAGAGCUCGCCCGGCUCAACGGAACGCUGAGGGAAGAUGACAACAGGAUUCUGCGUCCUUGGCAGAACACCGAGCCCCGCAGCAUCACCAACACCACCCUGUGUACAAAGUGUGGUGGAGCGGGCCACAUCUCCUCUGACUGCAAGUACACCAGUACCUUUGCCGCCCAAAGAGCGACGGGAGGCGAGCCCCCUCAGUCGGCGCAGGACAAGGCUCGUAUGGACAAGGAGUACCUGUCGCUCAUGGCUGAGCUGGGGGAGGCCCCGUUGCCGGCGUCCGGCGGGGGGCAUGCCGGCCCCCAGGGAGGACCCCCCCGCGCCCCUCUGCCCAGCAACAGCCAGGCACCGCCGAACCGACCUCCCUGGAUGGGUUCCGCUUCGAACGACAACAGGAACUUCCACGGCAUGCACGGAGGAGGCCCUCACAACUUCCCUCCCCCCAUGCCCAGCAUGGGAGGCCCGCCGAUGCCCCCCAACCCCAACGGCAUGCCUCCCCCGUGGAUGCAGCCUCCCCCUCCUCCAAUGGGCCAGGGCCCGGGACCUCACGGGCACCCAAUGGGUGAGCACUCGCAAAUGGGUGACCUUUUAAGUAGUGAACUGCAAAUAUUCGGCAUGAUGCCACCGCCGAUGGGCAUGAUGCCCCCACCGCCACCUCCCCCCAACAGUCAGCCGCCGCCCCCUUCUGGUCCCCUGCCGCCGUGGCAACAGCAGGCUCCGCCUCCUCCUCCGACAAGCAGCAUGGCAACAAGCACACCGCUGCCCUGGCAACAAAAUACCCCCACCACAUCCAGCCCUGGCACAGGGGCUCUCCCUCCAUGGCAACAGCCGCAGCCGCCCGCGGUCUCGGCGCCCCAACCCCCACCUCCGAUGGGUGCCCCCUCCAUGGUACCGCCUCCGCCGGGAGUCCAGCCGCCCCUGCCCCCCGGCGCCCCACCUCCUCCCCCGCCGCCGCCCCCCGGCUCGGCCAGCAUGAUGUACGCCCCGCCGCCGCCCCCGCCGCCGAUGGACCCUUCCAACUUUGUCAUGAUGGGGAUGGGGGUACCGGGCAUGCCGCCGUUCGGCAUGCCCCCGGCACCGCCGCCGCCUCCGCCUCAGAAUUAACAACCUAAUGUGAAGACGAGCGCCCACAUCGCAUCCAAGAGACUGAGGUCAUCUACAGAUUGUCUGUCUGCUCAAAAAUAUAACCAGUGCGUUUUUGUAUGCCACCGGGCGGAAUCGGGGAGAUGCUUUGGAUUUUUUGGGGGUGGGAGAACAUGUCAGUUUAAGUAUAAAGUCUGUCAAAUAAAUACCUCCCUGCCAUUAUCAAUCAAAACUGGCUGUUAUGUAUGAUCGGCAGAUGCCCGGUGGGGUACAAUGCGGUCAUCUUCGAGCACGCAUUUCUAGUUUUUUAUGGUUCUUCAAUAAUGUAAAGACACGUCCACAACAGUUAGGAUGUUAGUUCACCAUGUGUAAAUGGAAGCGUUCUUCUCUUUUUAACGUUUGUAUCAAUGCAAAGGCUCCAUUUGUGUGCGUGUGUUGUAAACAAACACUUGCUCUCAGGCCUCAGUUCUGCAGCGCUAUGCAGUUGUUAUAAUUUUUUUAUUUUUUUUUUGCCAACUGAAAAAAAAAACCUCAAAGGUUAAAUUUGAUCAUUUGCAUGAGCCAUUUCAAGAGCUGAUUGCAUUUGGAGUGGAAAAAGCCAGAUGAUGAUGGGUUUGAGUUAACGAAGAGUAAUAUUUUUGUAAUAAGAAGUGAUGUGUUUUAGUUUUGGUUUUGUUUGCAUGUUUCCAUGUUGUGAAAUUUGAGUUUGAACGGGGGGAAUUGGCGCUGGGAUAAUGUCUCCUCUCAAACCCCCCUGGACUGCUUGAAUGCCGAGAGUCAGACCAAUUAUUUUAUUUUUUUUGUCUGUGUUUCUGCGUCGCCUUUACGCUCUGACGUGGAGCUGUGCGCUUUUGUCUUGCUUUUGCAAGGCAAAACAAAUGGAAUAUUUGCAGUUGAAAUGUUUGUUUCAUUAUAUUCCCGUUGUUACAUCGCUCGUUUGAAUGAAUAACUUGCUUGAUUAGAAAUAAACUGAUUCAAUGGGU